UGUUGGGAAAUAUUCAGAAAACUUGUUUGAUAUUCCGCAGGACAAGGUCCGCCACAUAUCCAAACUAGCAUUCAUUAUUUACAUUUCGCUUUGCCUUCGAUAGAGGAGAGCGUAUACUGCUAUAUAUGUCCUUACAUGAUAAUACAAUAGGGUAGAUAUCCCAGACGGAAUAUAAAGUAAAAACGACAGCUUGUCAGUGACGGAAUCCGGAAAAUGUAGCGUGCGGACGACGGUGGUUCUCAUGGAUCUCGCAGAGGGAGGUCGAUGCAAAAUGCCAUUCGGAAGUUCCAUCGUGAAAGGGUUGGGGGAUCACGUCAGGGCUGCUUCAUAGCCUCAACCCGCUUAUUAUCUGCCAGGGGGAAACCGUGUCUCUCCGGGGAUGGAUCUAUCGCGCUCCCUGGACCAUCGGAUACUGGUCUAGCCCUGGCGAUGUGAAGACAGUAGAGGAUAUUAUGCGUCCGUGUGCGUCCUCCACCCUCUGAGAACCCUGUCGACGACCUAUUGUUUUGGGAUGGGAGAUGUCGUGUCUAUGGAGCAGCCCUCGUAGCUAGCUGGGGUGUCCGGCUAGCACGACUUGCAUGUUUUUUUAAAUGUUUUCCUUCGUCUCGGAGAGGUGAUUAUUGAAAGGUUGCCGACCUCCUUCAGUUUCUUGGAACCCUGUCUGUGUUGACAGCAGACACCAUGGGUGAGAACAGCCUGGACGUCGCCAACGUUAAGGUGGCGGUGCGGGUCCGUCCCUUUAACAGGAGGGAACGGGAACUGAACACAAAAUGUGUUGUGGAGAUGGAGAAGAACCAGACGAUCCUUAAUCCUUCCGGAUCCAAUCUGGGGAAAGGAGACUCCAGGAACCAAUCCAAGGUCUUUGCCUAUGAUUACUGUUUCUGGUCCAUGGACGAAACGGACACAGACAAAUUUGCAGGCCAGGAGGUGGUGUUUCAGUGCCUUGGAGAGAGUCUCCUCCACAACGCUUUCCUGGGCUACAACGCUUGCAUCUUUGCAUAUGGACAGACAGGUUCCGGUAAGUCGUACACCAUGAUGGGUUCGGUGGAGAACCCGGGGCUGAUCCCGCGGCUGUGCAGCGCCCUGUUCGACCGCACCCUGAAGGGGAAGAGGGAGGAGGAGAGCUUCACGGUGGAGGUGUCCUACAUGGAGAUCUACAACGAGAGGGUCAGAGACCUGCUGGACCCCAAAGGGAGCAGACAGGCGUUAAGGGUUCGGGAGCAUAAGGUUCUUGGACCUUACGUAGACGGCCUCUCCCGCCUUGCUGUGGCUUGCUACAAGGACAUUGAGUCUCUGAUGUCGGAGGGGAACAAGUCUCGGACGGUCGCCGCCACCAACAUGAACGAGGAGAGCAGUCGCUCCCACGCCGUCUUCAACAUCAUCCUCACGCACACGCUGAUAGACCUGCAUUCCGGGACGAGUGGGGAGAAGGUGAGCAAGCUGAGUUUGGUGGACCUAGCUGGCAGUGAGAGGGCAGCCAAGACCGGAGCCGGUGGAGACCGACUCAAAGAGGGCAGCAACAUAAACAAGUCCCUGACCACAUUAGGCCUGGUGAUUUCAGCAUUGGCUGAACAAGGAGCAGGAAAGAACAAAACCAAAUUUGUCCCCUACAGGGAUUCUGUUCUCACAUGGCUGCUAAAGGACAGCUUGGGCGGCAACAGCCGGACGGCGAUGGUCGCCACGGUGAGCCCGUCGGCCGACAACUACGACGAGACGCUGUCCACGCUGCGCUACGCCGACCGCGCCAAGAGCAUCGUCAACCACGCUGUGGUGAACGAGGACCCCAACGCCCGCAUCAUCCGGGAGCUGCGGGAGGAGGUGGAGAAGCUCCGGGACCAGCUCACCCAGGCCGAGUCUCUGAAGGCUCCGGAUUUGAAGGAUCGUCUGGAGGAAUCUGAGAAGUUGAUCCAGGAGAUGACCGUCACCUGGGAGGAGAAACUACGCAAGACGGAAGAGAUAGCGCAGGAGCGUCAGAGACAGUUGGAGAGCCUGGGGAUCUCUCUUCAGUCCUCUGGGAUCCGAGUGGGAGACGACAAGUGCUUCCUGGUCAACCUGAACGCUGACCCGGCCCUCAAUGAGCUGCUGGUGUACUACCUGAAGGAGCACACAAAGGUGGGCUCAGCAGAUUCCCAGGACAUCCAGCUGUGUGGAAUGGGCAUUCAGGCGGAGCACUGCGUCAUCGUCAUCACCACAGAGUGGGCCGUCGUGCUCACACCUUACCCCAACUCCCGUACGUGUAUCAACGGCUCUCCGGUCACCAAUCCUCAACCGCUUCACCAUGGUGACAGAAUCCUGUGGGGUAACAACCACUUCUUCAGGAUAAACUUGCCCAAGCGGCGUCCCCGUGGGGCUGAGGAAGAGGAGGGCGAGGGCGGUCAGAUGAAGAACAGUGUCAGCAGUGAGCAGCUAGACGCCGACGCAGACUCUGCCAGCGAGGUCUCCAGUGAGGUCAGCUUCUCCUACGAGUUUGCCCAGACGGAGGUGAUGAUGAAGGCCCUAGGAUCCAACGACCCCAUGCAGGCCGUCCUCCAGUCCCUGGAGCGGCAGCACGAGGAGGAGAAGCGCUCGGCCCUGGAGCGCCAGAGGCUCAUGUACGAGCAGGAGCUGCAGCAGCUCCGGCGCCGGCUGCACCCCGACCGGCUGUCGGGCCAGGGAGGAGCCCCCCAGCCCGGGCAGGCCAGCCAGACGGGCCAGUCGGGCCAGGGCCUACAGUCCCACCACCGCAGCCUGGAGAGACUCAGCAUGGGGGGCAUGGCCCACUCCACCAGCGCCCAGAGCCGGCUGAGGCAGUGGAGCGAGGAGAGAGAGGCGGUCCUGACGCGGAGUCUCCGGCGUCUGAGGGAGCAGAUCGUCAGAGCCAACCUGCUCGUCCAGGAGGCUGGCUUCAUCGCCGAGGAGCUGGACAAGCUCACUGAGUACCGGGUCACCCUGCAGAUCCCCACGGACAACCUCAACGCUAACCGCAAGCGGGACGCGGUGCUGAGCGAGCCAGCGGUCCAGGUGAGGAGGAAGGGCCGGGCCAAGCAGAUCUGGACUCUGGAGAAGAUGGAGAACCGCUUGGUGGACAUGAGGGACCUCUACCAGGAGUGGAAGGACUUUGACGACGAUAACUCCGUGAUGUGCUCGUACCUGCGCCGGGCCGACCCCUUCUUCGACGAGCAGGAGAACCACAGCCUGAUCGGCGUGGCCAACGUCUUCCUGUCCUGUCUCUUCUACGACGUCAAGCUGCAGUACGCCGUGCCCAUCAUCAACCAGAAGGGGGAGGUGGCGGGGCGUCUCCACGUGGAGGUGAUCCGGGUCGCGGGCGGGUUCCAGGACAGCGUCGGCGGGGGGGAGGAGGGAGACAGCAGCCCCGACACGGACAACCAGGACCGCAAGCUCGUCUGCAUGCUGAAGAUCCUGCAGGCCACGGGGCUGCCCCAAUACCUCUCCAACUUCGUCUUCUGCCAGUACUCUUUCUGGGACCAGCCGGAGCCCAUCAUUGUGGCCCCUGAGGUGGACACAUCCACAUCGUCCCCUGGGGCCAAAGACCCCCACUGCAUGGUGGUGUUCGACAGCUGCAAGGAGCUGGCUGUGUCGGUGACGGAGGAGUUCAUUGAGUAUCUGACGGAGGGAGCCGUAGCCAUCGAGGUCUACGGCCACAGGCAGGCCGACCCGGCCAGGAACGCAGCCCUCUGGGACCUCAGCAUCAUCCAGGCCAAGACGCGGACACUGAGAGACCGGUGGAGCGAGGUAACACGGCGUCUAGAGCUGUGGGUUCAGAUCCUGGAAAUCAACGAGCAGGGGGAGUUUGUCCCCGUGGAGGUGGUGCCCGCCAAGGAUGUGUGUACAGGCGGCAUCUUCCAGCUCAGACAGGGCCAGUCUCGGCGGAUCCAGGUGGAGGUGUGCUCGGUGCAGGACUCUGGCACCAUGCCCCUGAUCGCUGAGCUGAUCCUGGCCGUGUCUGUUGGGUGCGUUGAGAUCCAGCCCGCAGCCAACGGGGGCUCCCAGCAGUCCCAGGAAGACAUGGACAGCUACCAGGACAGGGAUCUGGAGCGGUUAAGGCGCCAGUGGCUCGCUGCCCUGACCAAGAGACAGGAGUACCUCGACCAACACCUACAGGCCAUCGUCACCAAGCCUGAGAAGUGUGAGGAUGACAUGGAGAGAGAGGCCCAGCUCUUGGAGUGGCGUCUGACCCUGACGGAGGAGAGGAACGCCGUCAUGGUGCCCUUCUCUGGCAGCGGUAUCCCCGGGGCCCCCGCAGAGUGGGUACCCCCUCCCGGGAUGGAAACCCACACCCCUGUCCUCUUCCUGGAGCUGAGCGCUGACGACCUGAGCUCUCAAGACCAGAUGUCUGCCCCAGAGGCUGGCGGUCUAGACGCCACUCUGAAUGGAGAGGACGAGGACGACUUCUUCGACCUGCAGAUCGUCAAACACUACGACGAAGAGGUGAAAGCGGAGGCCUCCUGGGACUCCACGGUCCACGAGUGCCCCCAGCUGAGCCGGGGCGGCGGGGCGUGGCCGGAGCAGCGCGUGUACCUGACACUGCGCGUGGCCGUGCAGCUCAGCCACCCCGCCGAGAUGCAGCUGGUGCUGAGGAAGCGCGUGUGCGUCAGCGUGAACCCCGGGCGCCAGGGCUUCGCCCACAACCUGCUGAAGCGCAUGUCCACGCGGAGCACCAUCCCCGGCUGCGGGGUCACCUUCGAGGUGGUCUCCAACAUCCCCGGGGACCCACUGGGUUCGGAGGACAGGGAGAUGUUGGCUCGUCAGGCCACCGACUCUCAGAACGCAGAGACGUCGGAGAACGAGGCCGCCAUCGAGAAGUACCUGCGCAGUGUUCUGGCAGUGGAGAACAUCCUCACCCUAGAUCGCCUCAGACAGGAGGUAGCAGUGAAGGAGCACCUUGCUGGCAGAGGGAGGGGUAACAGAAGGAGUCUAAGUUCCCCGUCUGUCCACCGGCUGUCUGGAAGCAGACAGGACCUGUCUUCUUCAUGCAUGGUGGACGACAACAAGGGCCGAUGGGAGAGCCAGCAGGAUAUCUUCAUGCCCUCCCAGUUCUACCGGAGUCUUCCUCGGCCGUCUCUGACCCCCUCCCCUCCUCCCCCCGCCCCCACCCCCAGUACAGCCACCUCACCCACCCAGGACCCUGAGCAAGGUCGCUCAGGGCUUGCUGCCUCUUAUCUUUCAGUCAAAGCGCUGGUUCCUCAGAUGCCCAAACUGCUCAAGUCUCUGUUCCCGGUGCGCGACGACAAGAAGGAGCUGAGGCCCUCGCCCAACACUCAGCAGCAUGUAUCUCGAAUCGUGACAUCACCAGGAGGGGACGAGAGAGCCCGGAACGACGCGGCUGGUAAUCUGGGGCAGAGCGUAGCCCCGCCCAAAGACAGGCCGGCCGAGUCUACGGAAGCCCCUCCUCUUCCUGUGCAUGACCCGCAUGAGGCCGAGCCCCCCAGCCCCCUGAGCCAGUCGUCCAGCGGCUACUUUUCCACCAGUGUUUCCAUGGUAACCCUGUCGGAGGCCGUCGCCGGCAGUGACCCCGCCCCCGUCCGUUCCUCCACCCCUUCCCCGCUCCUCCCGCCUGCCGAGGCCCGGGGGCCGAAGGCGUCAGAGACUCCGUUUCCCAUAACCCAACAGCAGCCGCUCCAGGGCCCUGACCGGAACGGUGUUGUGGCCUCUCCCUCUCAGUCUCACACCACGCCUGCCGCCAGCAGCUCAACCAAUCACAGCGGUGAGCACUGCGACAGGCUGGAACUCCAGGUGGAGGACGACGACGACGACGAGCGUUGUCACGACGAGGUGCUCCCCGACUGGCUGACGGAGGGGGCGUUUGUAACGGUGGGGAGCAGUAAGAGUGGGACGGUGCGCUACGUGGGGAGCACAGAGUUUGCUGCUGGAGUCUGGGUGGGGGUGGAGCUAGACACGCCCACAGCCCCCCCUACUCUCCCCACCGCCCCCCUCCCUCCAGGGAAGAACGACGGCACCAUCGGGGGGCGGCAGUACUUCCGCUGCACCCCUGGUUACGGGGUGAUGGUGCGUCCCGACAGGGUGGUCCGGCGGGAGCGCGGCGUCCGCGGCGGGGACAAGCGCCGCGCCACCGCCCCGCCUCCGUCGGCGGAGCUCUGCCCCCCCGCCGCCCACGUUCCCGUGCUCCGCGGCAACAGCAUGUCGACGGGCCGGCGGGGGGAGAACCGCAAGUCGUGGAGCAGCUGAAGGGAGGGGGGGGGG